AGGACCGCGCGGGAGACGAGCGCGAAGCCGGCGGCAGCGGCAUCCCGGAGCGCGGCGGCUUGGCUUGCGGCAGCCUCGGUUCCCGCCCGCGAGAGCUCAGCAAGGUCAAAGGACAUACACGGAGCCAUGGACUGGGGAUCCCUCCAAGCCAUCUUAGGAGGCGUCAACAAACAUUCUACAAGCAUUGGGAAGAUCUGGCUGACUGUCCUGUUCAUUUUCCGCAUCAUGAUUCUUGUGGUAGCUGCAGAAAAGGUCUGGGGAGAUGAACAACAAGAUUUUGUUUGUAAUACUCUACAACCUGGAUGCAAAAAUGUCUGCUAUGAUGAAUUCUUCCCCAUUUCUCACAUUAGACUCUGGGCUCUGCAACUCAUUUUUGUGUCCACUCCUGCACUUUUGGUGGCAAUGCAUGUUGCCUACAGAAGGCGUGAAAAGAAACGGAAAUGCAGCGAGAACAUUGACAUUGAAAAACUGAAACGGCAAAAGUUUCACAUUGAGGGGCCCUUAUGGUGGACAUACACCAGCAGCAUUUUCUUCCGAAUUAUCUUUGAAUCUGUCUUCAUGUAUACAUUUUAUUUCAUGUACAAAGGGUACAAAAUGCCACGCUUAGUAAAAUGUGACGCUUGGCCUUGCCCAAAUAUGGUAGACUGCUUUGUUUCCCGACCCACUGAGAAAACCAUGUUUACUAUUUUCAUGCUGGCUGUGUCAGGCAUCUGUAUGCUCCUGAAUGUGGUUGAGUUGUGUUACUUAGUGCUAAAAUUUUGCAUGAAAAAACCUAAGACCAUAAAAUCACUGCCCCACCACUAGCCACUAUUCACUCAUGCACCCAAUAUUUGCAUUAAUUUCAGAAAAUGGUCAAAAAUAUUUCCAGACUCCCUGACUAUUAUAUGAUGCACUUAUUUGAUGGCCAUUGCGCUCUGCUCAGCACUGACUCCAGUGUCCACAACAAGGCAGGGCCUAAUACAUAAUAUAUGAAACUACUACAAGUUCUUACUGCUGUUGAAAAGCUUUGGUUUUAAUUAGAAGAGAUUGUCUUUAAAAUAUGUACGUUGUCUAAUAUCCAUUUUCCAGCAGAAUGUUGCUGCAAAUAUAAACUCACACUGUUGCCUUGGUACCCUAUUUUGGGUGGAAAGGCAGCAUAUAAAUGUUUUAAAUAAAAUAAAUAAACAUGUUCAAAAGAUUUGACUAACUUGAGAUGAAGUAAUGGAAUUUACACUCCUUUGCCUCUAAAUAUCAAACGAGCUUGCCAGCUGCCAAAUUCCUACCUAGCUUAACAGUGAAUCUGAGUUAAGAACUCUCACCUCCUCAGUUCCACCUACCCAGUCUGGACGGAGGCAGCCAAGAGGAAAUUCUUUAUGCAUAGUCCGUCUAUCUUUUCUUUAUUCCUCCAUUCCCACCCCUGUGAUUUGCUAUUCAGGGCUUUUUUUCUGGGAAAAGAGGUGGUGGAACUCAGUGGGUUGCCCUCAGAGAAAAUGGUCACUUGGCUAGUGGCCCCGUCCCCUG